CCUCCCUCUGUUUUCCCUCCACACGCGCACUCUUCCCCUCUUCCUCACCGCGCAAAUGGCGUCCUCCUCCCCGUCCACGACCUCCCCUACCCUCGCCGUGCCGGGGCACCCUCACCGCCGCCCCUCGCCGUUGCCUUCCUGCUACUCUCCUCUCGCGGCGUCCUCCUCCCCGGCCGUCUCCUCCAUCUCCGCGUCUGCCGCCCCCAAACACAAGCCCAGGGGGCUGGGACUUCGUUGCCGGGCCGCGGAGGAGGGACCCGCGCCGGCGCGCGGGGAGGCGCCCCCCAAGGUGAUGAUCUCGGGCGCGCCCGCGUCGGGGAAGGGUACGCAAUGCCAAAGGAUUGUCGAGAAGUACGGUUUGGUUCACAUAUCAACUGGGGAUCUUCUACGAGCUGAAGUAUCUUCUGGCACAGAAAUAGGCAAGACAGCAAAAGAAUAUAUGGACAGUGGCAAGCUUGUUCCAGAUCAAGUUGUGACAGAUAUGGUGGUAUCACGACUAUCACAACCGGAUGUACAAGAAAGAGGGUGGCUUCUUGAUGGUUACCCAAGGAGUUUCAGUCAGGCACAAAGCCUUGAAAGUAUGAAAAUAAGACCAGAUAUAUUUAUUGUGCUAGAAGUUCCUGAUGACAUUCUAAUCGACAGAUGUGUUGGAAGAAGGCUGGAUCCUGUGACUGGCAAAAUUUACCAUGUAAAAAACUUCCCUCCGGAGAAUGAGGAAAUUUCUGCCCGGCUUAUUACACGUUCUGAUGAUACGUUUGAGAAGGUUAAAUCGCGUCUUGAGACGUACAAACAAAAUUCUGAAGCUAUUCUUCCUACAUACUCAGAUUUGCUUAAUCAGAUUGAUGGAAAUCGCCCAGCGGAAGUUGUAUUUCAGGAGAUAGAUUCCUUGUUACAGAAAACCUGUGGGAGUACCUCAGCAAACAAAUUGACCAAAACAAAUGGAAAACCACCAGAUUCUUUGGAUACAAGUUCAAAAAAUGAAUGGCGUGGAAUUCCAACAAGAUUGAAUAACAUUCCACAUUCCAGGGAAAUCAGGCAAUACUUCUAUGACGAUGUAGUACAAGCUACAAAACGUGCUGUUGAAGAUAAAAAGACUCGGUUGCAGAUAAAUAUCAACAUUCCUGAACUUAACCCUGAAAUGGAUGUUUAUCGCAUAGGUACCCUCAUGGAACUUGUCAGAGAACUUUCUCUUUCUUUUGCUGAUGAUGGAAAAUGUGUCAAGGUCUGUGUUCAAGGCUCCAUGGGGCAAGGUGCAUUUGCUGGUAUCCCACUUCAACUGGCUGGGACUAGAAAAAUUUUGGAAUUUAUGGACUGGGGUGACUAUGGGGCGAAGGGUACCUUCAUUAAUAUUGGAGCAGUAGGUGCUAGCGAGGUUGAUAAAGAAGACGAUAUGUUUAUCCUCAUUGCUCCCCAGAAUGCUGUUGGAAACUGCAUAAUUGAUGAUAUGAGAGCUAUGACUGAUGCUGCUGGUGAUAGACCUGUGAUUCUUGUAAACCCUCGCCUAAAGGAUAUGCCUGGAUCAAGUGGUGUAAUGCAAACAAUGGGGAGAGACAUGAGGCUAAAGUAUGCUGCAUCAUUUGAGACUUGCUAUUCGUUCCGGCUUCUCUUUUAUGCUGGCUCAUUCUAUCCGAUCAUGGGAGCUUUAAGGAUGGCUUAUCCAAAUAAAUAUGAGAUUUAUAGAAGGGUUGACGAGCCCAAUGGAAAAGAGAAAUAUGUUUUUAUAGCUGAAUUCACGGAGAACCCAACUCCUGAUGAUAUCACUGGUGCUUUCAAAGGACCAAAAAAGGAAAAGGAAAAGGCGUCUUCUGGAUUCUGGGGUUUCUUAAGUGGUAUAUUGUGAGGCAAGCAGUCUGCAAUGCAAUGAUAUCCUCCAUUUCUUGGUGUAUUUCUUUCUGAGGUUUAGUCCCCCAAGGCUAAAUAGCUUUACUGGAGCUUUUCUUUUGUCCAUCCAUGAAGCUAAAGUUGGUUUGCAUCUUUUGUCCAUCCAUGAAGUUAAGUUGGUUUGCAUGAUUAUAAUAUCAUGGUUUUCAUUCUUUGUGAUGGGGAAUUUGUAUUCUCUUAUGUGGUUCCCAUAUUUUUUACACUACUUAUGCAGUGAGGAUGUCAACCAGAGGAGGAGAGGCCUCUUUAUACAAGGCUAAUGGCGUUUACAGCCAUGUGGUUCCCAUAUAUUUUUUUUCAUGUAAUAUCUUUGUCCUUCCAAAUGCCCUGAUUGGUCGAGUCAGGGCGGCAGUUGUAAAACAUUGCUUUUUAUCCCUCUUAUUCGAUUCAGCAGAGCUCUUGCCUGGUUAAAAAAAAAGAACCUUACUCAUGGUUCAUAGGAUAUCUAAAGCUAGUACCCAGGCUUAGAAGUUGAAUGGCUGGUAUGCAAAUUUCUAGUCUGGAAUUCAAAGUUUAAAUGAAAAAAUUUCAUGUGUGAACGUUUGUAGGGAA